AUGCGAGACCUGUUCAGCUCGCUGGCGCGGCCCGAGGAGGGCAGCCAGUGCCCGGGCCGCUGCUACCACGCGCUGGCCGCGCUCAUGUGUGAGAAGGUGCUGGACGACAAGCCGUGCCCACAGCCGUCCAUGCGCUGCUGUGUACUGGCCGGCGGACAGCAGGCGCCGGCGCCCGCGACCGUGGCGCCACCUACGCCAGCCGCCCUCACCGCCACCAAGAGCGCCACCACCAAGCGAGAGGUGCCUACGACACCAGCCACAACCACCACGCCGGCGCCGACAACCACGCCCACAACCCGGGCCCCCUCGCCCGAGACCACGACGGCGACUUCGCCGACGUUGAUUGAGAAGAUGGACACGGACGAGACGGAGCUGGUGGACGGUCUGCCGCGACCGCAGCCGUACGGAGCGCAGCAGGGGACCACCAUCUGUCCGGGCGUGUGCGUGGCCAAGCGGCUGGCGGCUUACUGUGAGGCAGCGCUGGACCUGCCCGGGGUCUGCGCCGCCGACCAGCGCUGCUGCGUC